UUCUCCUUCGGCAUUGUUUGAGCCUUUAGCUUUCUCAUGCGAACAUCGGGCAUUCCACUGUUUGGCUUGGCUAGCUCGCAGAAUGGACCAGAAGAAGCUAAGGGAGUUGACAAAAAAGGAGAAGGAAAGGCGCGGCCAGGAUGUCUCAGUCAAGCGCCAUGAUGUGAGACAGAAUCUCGCCAAACGUGCACGUGUGGAAGUCGUGCCACAAGCGGAGAAGGUAGAGACCGUGAAGCAACAGGAGCAGCUUGACGGUCCACCCGUGAGAGAAGAGCCCGAUGAGCCUGAGGCAUCAGCUGGGCCAGCUGCGCCUGAGCCUGGGCCUGCUGAGCCUGAGCUUGCUGAGCCAGCUGCGCCCUCUGGGCCUGCGGUGCAGGGUGCUGCUGAACUGGUCCAGGGGGAAGGCAACGAUGCUGAAGAUGACAAGGGCCUGCCAGAGGGGUUCUUCGAUGACCCUGACAUCGAUGCCAAGAUGAGGGGCAUGGAGGCGCCUUCCAAGAAAGCAGAAAGGGAGUUGGAGGAGGGCCUGAAGAGAUUUGAACGAGAAAUGCAAGCGGAGCAGGAAAAGGCAGAGGAAACCAGGCAUGAGAUUGACGAAGAAAAAUACGAAGCGGUGGCCGCAGAAGAAGAGGAGUUCCAAACACAAUUGCAGCUGCGUCUGAAGCAACUCCGCGAAAAGGCCCAGCAAAAAGGCGCAGCUGUGUCCGCAAGCGUGGAGAAGGUUACCGAGGCUGACAGCGAUGGCAGUGACGAGGAAGUGGACGAAGAUAUGUUGUUGGACUGGCGCGCGAAGGGUUUCGGCUAAGACUGGAGAAAAAGCCACAUGUAGCUUGCGGCGCUGGCUACUGUACUCUUCUGAAGCUUGAGCCAUUUGAGAUCCUUUUUGGAUUGCACGCCUUCAAAAGGCCGCUUGCCCUG